CUCAUCUCUGCAUGCCUUAAACAGCAUUUCAAUCGAUACCUUUCUAUUUACUGUUAUAUAUCCACUCACUAUGGCCGAAACAACCCCUCACGAAGACACCCAAACCGCCGCGGGAAGCUUCCGCCGCUUCAUCCAGGAGCUUCAGGCAGAGGACGACCUGGUCGCCAUCCAAGAAGAGGUCAACCCUGACCUUGAACUGGCCGCCAUCACUCGCAGGGUCUACGAGACCGAGGACAAGGCUCCUUUGUUUGACAACAUCAAAGGCCGCAACCCCAACGGUCUCUUCCGCGCCCUGGGAGCUCCCGUCGGCGCCAGCAAGCUUCCCGGCAAGAGGUUCAUCCGUAUCGCCAAAUCAUUGGGUCUUCCCUCUGACGCCAGCGGACAAGACAUCAUUCUCAAGUUCCACGAGGCCAAGCGUCUGCCCAAGAUCCCCCCUAAAGAGGUCCCCUCUGGGCCCGUCAAGGAGUUCAAGCUGAUUGGCGACGAAAUCGACCUCACUGCGCUCCCGGUCCCCAAGCUCCAUGCAGACGACGGCGGAAAAUUCCUGCAGACAUUUGGCAUGUACAUCGUGCAAAGCCCCGAUGGAUCGUGGGUGAACUGGUCGAUCACGCGAAGUAUGCUGCACGGCAAGCGCACCCUCGUCGGGCCCAUGAUCCCGCGCCAGGACAUCGGCCUCAUCCGCCAAAUGUGGGCCGAGAAGGGUCAAGACUGCCCCUUUGCCCUGUGCUUUGGAGUGCCCCCGGCAGCGAUCAUGGUCAGCGGCAUGCCGUUGCCCAAGGGAGAGAAUGAAAGCGAGUACAUUGGAGCGCUCAUCGGCAGCCCGGUCGAGGUGACCAAAUGCGAGACGAACAACCUUCUGGUUCCUGCCAAUGCAGAGAUCGUGUUUGAGGGAGUCAUCUCCCAGACCGAGACCGCUCCCGAAGGCCCCAUGGCCGAGUACCCCGGUCUCAUCUUCCCCGGCGAGCAGAAGCAAUGCCCCCUCCACAAGAUCAAUGCCAUUACCUACCGCAAGGACCCGAUCCUCCCGAUUUGCGUGACGGGCCGCGCCCCCGAGGAGAGUGAGACGGUCUGGGGUCUCACGCAGGCGGCGGAAGUCUUGACCAUUUGCCAGGACGCGGGCCUGCCUAUCAAGAUGGUCUGGAACCCGUUCGAGUCGCACUGCCUCUGGUUUGUCCUGCAGGUCGACCGCGAGAAGCUGCGCGCGCUGAAUACAACCAUGGAGGAGUUCAGUGUCAAGGUCGGCCACACUGUGUUUGCCUCCAAGCCGGGAUACUAUAUCCCUAUCGUCUACCUUGUUGGCGAUGACAUCGACCCUACCAACCUGAGGGAUGUAAUCUGGGCCAACGCCACUCGGUGCCAGCCACGGGAGAACGAGUAUUUCUUUGAUCAGUAUCCGAACAUCGGGUUGAUUCCGUACGUGUCGCAUGGUGCCAAGAGCGGCGAGAACCAUCUCAAGGUUGUCCGAUGCUGCAUGUUUGCCAGUGAAUUCUCCGAGGUGCCUACGUACAAACAAGCCUCUUAUCGCGGCAACUAUCCCCAGGAGAUCCAGGAUAAGGUGGAUGCAAAGUGGUCUACGUAUGGAUUCUAGUCUUGUUGAGCAGGAUUUGAUAAUCUUCUUUCCUUGUUUCUGAGAACAGACAAGACUGAGUUGUUAGGUAAUGUUGAUUCCAUGUUGUUAAUAUAAUUGUAUUUGACAUUAUGAAUUUGAUAUGCCACUGUUGUGAAUACAAGCCAUUAUGAG